GCUUUGCAUAUUUAAGAAGGCGCCGCCUGGUGGCAGCGCAUCAGUCAAGUUGUGGAGCUGCACGCGGCGCUAGCGAUUGUAACAAUUUAAGGAUACCGUUAACUGACACCGAUAACUCCGAUAACUACCGAUAAAUAUCGACAGCAUGAUGCAAGCUAGAGUGGUCCUGCCCAUGCUUGCCCUUACCCUGGUGGGUGUGGCCAGUGCCGUUAGCAAACUGGACGACUUUGAUCAUCUGACAACGGUGGAGAUGUGCGAACUGCUGCCAUCGGACACGAGCUUCCUGCGCCCAAACACCUGCAACAACUGGGUAACCUGUCCGAUUAAUGGCACCACCAUAGAGGAGGGCACCUGUGCUGCUGGACUUCACUAUAACAAGGAUCAGGGACGCUGUACCAUGGCCUCCAAUGUCGUUUGCCCAUAUGCAAAUGCUGUUGACUCCGGCACAAGCGCACCUGUCAAUGCCUGCGCCAAUGAGACGGAUGGCACUUUCCUGGCCGAUCCCAGCAGCUAUAACUGUCACGGCUAUCUACUGUGCAAGGGGCGUCGCGAGGUCAAGGCCGAUUGUCCCAACGAGCUGGUCUUCAAUCCCCGAUCACGUUCUUGCGUCUAUUCCACCCAAUAUAGUUGCCCGACCAGCAGCAAGAAGACAACCUCGCCCGUCUGCCGUGCCUUGCCCAACAACACGCGCCUGGCCAACGAGGAGCAUUGCCACAAGUACUAUGUCUGCCGGGACGAAGUGCUCCAUGAGCGCGAGUGUGACGCCCAGAUGGCUUACGACGUGUCCUUGGGCCGCUGCGUCGCCGCAGCCAAUGCCACCUGCUACGCUACGGCGGCGCUGCCACCGCCAGAGAACACCUUCUGCAUGGUCAACGGUACAACGGCGCGUCAGGGCUACUUUGCUGAUGAUGAGUCCUGCAGCCACUACUAUAUCUGCAAGGCUCCAGCUAAUGGCAAGCACGACACGAACCCCCAGCAUCUGCAGUGCCCGCUCGGCUCGUACUUUGACGUCGAGAAGCUAUCCUGUCGUGAUCGUGUCAAUGUCCGCUGCACUUUAGACCGUUGCGCCGACUUUGCCCUGACCUAUGUCAAUGUGCUUGGCGACUGUCAGGCCUAUGCCCGCUGCUCGAACGGUGUCCGAGUCAGUAUCGGCCACUGCCCCACCGACUACUACUUCGAUGAACGCAGCCAGGGAUGCACUCCAACCAACCACAACUACGUCGCCUGCUCCGCCUAA